AUGAGGCCCUUUCCAGGGGCUGACUGCGACGAGGUCACGGACGUCAAAGUACCAGACGGUCACAAGUUCCGAAUAUUCUUGAUGUCUGAUCUACACAUCGACCAUAAGAAGAACAAGGAAUGGAUGAGGAGUUGCCUGGCAAGCAUGUCUCGCCGCGAUUCUGACAAGGCAUGUUCCUACGACUGCCUCCUGCUCCCCGGAGACCUCUGCACCAGUGAGGACCAGUUCGAGGAAUCCUUGCGGGCGCUCGCAGAGGCGUUUCACAUGAUCUGCUUUUGUUUUGGGAAUCACGAGGCAUGGGCUCACGGAGAGAAGAAGGGAUGCGCCCCUGCCAGAGACUCUUUCGAGAAGCUUGAUCGUAUUCAUGACAUAUGCCAGUCAUUGAAGGUGUACACCAGCCCCAUUCGUAUUUUGGGGCUGGAGCAGCCCCUGCUCCUGCUGCCUCUUUGGUCAUGGUACCAUUCCAGCUGGGACCGUGAACCUGAUCUUCCCCCUCAGCUUCAGCCCCCCUUAGAUCCCGAAAAGCGUGUGAGUGAUUUCCGUUUGUGCAAGUGGGGCUCUCUCGCCGAAGCGCCGGAUUUUGUUUUCGGGCCGGGUGGCGAGACAUCUGAUCAUCUGGCUCAACGUUUCGCGGAGAGGAACGAAGCUUGGAUUUCUGCUGUGCUAGACUUGCAGAGGCGUGAAGGCGGUGAGAUUCUGAGCUAUUCACACUUCUGUCCGCGGCAGGAACUGAUUUUGGAGAAGCGCUUCUCCUACGACCAGCAUGUGCCGAAGAUUUCGGGUUCAUCGUAUCUUGAGGAACAGAUUCGACGUGUAAAUCCACGAGUACAUGUGUUUGGGCACACUCAUGUUGCCUGGGAUACGAUACUUGAGGGCGUGCGGUAUGUGCACUGGCCGCUUGGAAACCCAAAAGAGCAGGGCGGGCAGACAAAGAUGCAAAACUUGAGCGGCUUUCUGUUGUUGCUAGAUUCUGUUUGGUCGCCUGUGCAAUUUACUCAUUGGGCAUACUUCUAUGACUAUAUGGAGCCGCGGCAGCCGGACUCUACUGCACUGGCACCCUGGGUCAGUUUUGGGUAUGCGCAAGUCUAUCCAGAAAUGAAGGCGGAACUGGACAAGCGUGGUCUUCUCCCCAAGUUGGAGGGCCCAGACGGCUUUUCUGCUUACUUUCCCGGCGGCGUGCUCAACAACAACGGCGAGUUCUGGCAGCGCCAUGCUUCGGCCAACUGGCGCUGGCGCCUGCCUCCCGACACUUUGUCGCAGCAGCGUUUCCCAUGCGAGAAUGCUGCGUGCAUCCUUUGUGCAUUUACGCGAAAGCAGGAGGGAGCGGAGGAAUGA